AUGUUUGUCGAAGAGGAACAAGAACGUGGAGCUGUGAUCGUUUUUGUUGGCAACAAAUGCGACAUGAAACAAAGGCGACAGGAUAAACGUUCUUUGGACAAAGUAAUGGCUGAGUAUGGUGCGCCCUACAUGGAGAUAUCGGCAAAGACCGGUUACAAUGUGAAAGAGCUCUUCUCAUUCGUUGCCCAUAUCCCAUUCCCAAACCACAAAAGAAGUCAGUCGGCACCAAUUCGUGAGUUCUUAGAUAACGUUUUAUGA